AAGAAAUUUCUUGAUUUCGAAAAUUGUGUCUUAGUACUACAUUUAUAACAGUAGGUCAGUGCAAUUGUUAUUAUUUUGGAUAUUGAUAACCUACUUUUUUUUAAUGUGCCAAACAAAAUGUCUUCACAUGGAAAACAAGAAAUCACAGACCCCGUUGAAGAAAUGCUAAAAAAAACCGGUUGUAUAGAACUUCAUUUCAAAGUGCAAGAAUGCAUAACUGAAACGCAAGACUGGAGGAAAUGUCAAAAACCUGUACAAAAUUUUAAGAAGUGUAUGGAAGCUUAUCAGGAGAGAAAACUCGAGGCCAAAGUAUAAGUCAGCACAAAAUAUCCCAUCCUAUUCUUAUCUAUAAUGUUUAUUAAUUUGCUCAAAAAAUUUGCUAUUACUGAAACAAGAAAAAUGGUAUUUUUAGUUCGCACUGAUUUGGGAAGGGGUAAAAUAGCUUCACAAGUCGCGCA